CGUUCAUUCAAACACGGUCAUGGCCAAGGGAAAGAGCUUAAAUCCAGCGGACGCGUUCCGUAAGGCGCAGCGCAAAAAGGAGCUCAAGAAGAACAAGGACUCUCGCUCCAAGGCGCGCGACUUUGCCCUUGUAAAGAAGGAUACGACAGAAAUCGAGGAGGAGAUAGCCAACCUCGAAGCCUCCAACAAGGACGCGGACAAGCGGCGCGUAGCUGAGCUCAAGACCGAGCUCGAAGCUAUAAACAAAAAGAAGGAGGAAUAUGUCAAGGAACACCCGGAGCAACGCAAGCUUGUCUACCGCGGCAAGCGUCAAGAAGGCGAGAGUAGCAAGCCACAGGACGCACCCCUUCCCCCGCAGAAGAGGAACCUCUUCAACAAGCACGGCCUGCCGCGCCAUCCGGAGCGUAGUAUCUACUAUGACCCUGUCAUGAAUCCCUAUGGCGUCCCGCCACCGGGGCUGCCGUACCAAGAGCGACCGCUGAAAGCAGGAGAGGUCGAUAGCGAAGCAGAGGAUGAUGAUGACAUACCCAUGCCCGAAGGUCCUGCACCGGGCGAGGAACUUGUCGGGAGCGACGACGAGAUCCCCAUGCCAGACGACCCGCCACCAGAAGAUACCUCCGCGCUAGCGCGGCCAAGCCUUCCCCCAUUACCUCCCGGCUUGCCUCCUCUGCCAAUUGGCCCACCACCUCUGCCAAAGGGCUUGCCGCCACUCCCGGCAGGUGUGCCUCCGCUGCCCGCGGGUGCACCACCACUCCCGCCGGGCCUGCCUCCUCUUCCAGGAGGCAUCCCGCCUCUCCCGCCAGGUCCGCCACCACUCCCAGCAGGCGCAGCGCCUUUACCUGGGAAGGUACCUCCACCUCCGCCUCCCCCACCCAUGGGCUUCCCGCCCUUCCCUCCCACAUACCCAGGCGCGUCCGCACCACCCUUCCCGCCUACGUACACCGGCUACCCUGGUGCACCCACGCCUCCACCGCCGCCCUUUCCUCCCGGAAUGCACGCAGCGCCUCAUCCAGGUGCCCCGCGCCCACCGCCUGGAUUCUUCCCUCGACACGCCAAUGUGGGCUCCUUGCAAGACCCGCUCAGCGCAGUGCCACAUACGACAUACCAGGCAAGGAAAGGACCGGGCGCGCCUCCGCCGGCUUCCACGGCCAAAACUUCUCUACCACCACCGCCGCCUGGACUACCGGCCAAGCCCGGACUACCCGCGAAGCCAACUGCAGCACCAGCGCCAAAAGACGUCGCCGCUGCACGCGCCGCCGCGACCAUCGUCGCGGCACCCGAAUUGCGCGACCUCAAGAAAGAAGCGACCGCGUUCGUGCCGGCGAGCUUGAAGCGCAAGCGACCCGCUGGAACGGUCGCGAAGGUGAAUGCAGCGCCAGAGGCAGAAGGUGGGGAAGGAGGCGAAGCGGAAGGCAGCGGAAGCGCACCAGCUGCUCCGAGAGCGGACUUGAUGGACGCGCUGAAGAAUGCUGGGGUGCAUGUGGGGCCUAAGACGACUGAGGGGGCACCAGUGGAGAAAAAGAGGAAAGUGGAGGCGGCGAAGAGAGAGGGGCAGGGCGAUGAUUACAAGGCGUUUUUGGAGGAGGUCGGGGACUUGCUGUAGAUGAAGAGGAUAGUGUGUGUGGCGAGACGGUACUAUAACGUUUGAACAAGCCGAUACCCCCUCACUUCUAUGGCGUAUCUACACACAGCGGAUCCGGAAGGGCAGAAGGGCCAGGGAACAAUCGCGCCGCAGAAGGCGUCUCCCAGACGCGUCGAGGUCACUGGGGCGCGUUCGAUCGAAGUAAAUUUUACGGCAGCC